AUGUUCGCCAAAGCCAUCCUCAUCGCCUUCGCGGCCGCCUCCGUCGCUCUCGCUGCCCCCACCCCCGCGGCGCCCACCGACACGGAUGUCCUCCAGUUCGCCCUGACCCUUGAGCACCUCGAGAGUGCCUUCUACGCAGAGGGCCUCAGCAAGUUCGAUGCGAAGGCGUUCAGCGACGCCGGGUUCGCCGACUGGGUCCGGGGCCGCUUCGUCCAGAUUGGUGCUCACGAGGCCGAGCACGUCAAGUUCCUCUCGGGAGCCCUCGGUGACGCCGCGACCAAAGCGUGCGAGUACAACUUCGCUCUCGCCAGUCCGGAGGCCUUCGCUGAGACUGCCAUGGCUCUCGAGUCGGUUGGAAACUCCGCAUACCUCGGCGCUGCACAGUUCAUCUCAGACAAGGGUGUUUUGACGGACGCCGCCUCUAUCCUCUCCGUUGAGGCGCACCACGCGGCGUGGAUCUCCUCCGCGGGAUUGAAGCAACAGCCCUGGAACGGAGCAUUCGAUGCCCCGCUCAGCCCCAGCGGUGCCUUCUCCCUCGCCUCCCAAUUCAUCAAGAGCUGCCCCUCUACCAACCCCGCACUCCCGGUGAAGGCUUUCCCCACCCUCACCCUCUCCGACGCUACCCCCAAGCAUGGCAAGUCUGUCGGCUUCGCGUUCACUCCGGCGGCGGGCCAGCAGGCCAGCACCACGCAGUACGUCGCGUGGCUCAGCGGCCUCGACAUUGUGUACUCGGACCUGAAGGAUGGCAAGACCACGGUGCCCGCCAACCUGCGCGGCACGGUGUUCGCCGUCGCGGUCUCGAGCAAGGACGUCGCCCCGAACGACGAUAACAUGCUCAGCGGGUUCGCGAUCGCGGAGUUCCCCUUUGUCUCGAGCGCUGUUGACGUUUAA